UUUCUCGUCAAUCAGGGGAAAAACAUUUAAUUCUUUAAUAAGCUGCUAAACACAAAUCACUCGAGAAUUCGCUAUUUUAUCACCAAUCUUCUUGAAUCCUCUCAUCCAAUCGUCUGAUUCUCAUCUUUCUCCGUUACUUGUGGAUCUUACGCAAUGUAUAGAGUUUUUGCGAGCCGAGCACUGAGAGCUAAGUCUCUCUGUGACAAAUCAUCCACCUCGCUUGCUUCUUUGACUCUCUCCAGAUUGAAUCAUUCCAUACCUUUUGCUACCGUAGAUGCCGAGGAGCUCUCUGGUGCUCAUCCUGCUGAAGUACAGAGCUUUGUGCAGGGAAAGUGGAUAGGAUCGUCAAAUCAUAACACGCUUCUAGAUCCUCUAAAUGGAGAACCGUUUAUCAAAGUUGCGGAAGUGGAUGAAUCAGGAACUCAGCCAUUUGUGGACAGCUUAUCCCAGUGCCCGAAACAUGGUCUCCAUAACCCUUUCAAAUCUCCAGAGAGAUACCUUUUAUAUGGAGAUAUCUCGACAAAGGCAGCUCAUAUGCUCGCCUUACCUAAGGUUGCUGAUUUCUUCGCGAGGUUAAUUCAAAGGGUUGCUCCAAAGAGUUACCAGCAAGCUGCUGGAGAAGUCUUUGUCACACGGAAGUUUUUAGAAAACUUUUGUGGUGAUCAGGUGCGGUUCCUGGCACGGUCUUUUGCAAUCCCUGGGAAUCAUCUUGGGCAGCAAAGUCAUGGUUACCGUUGGCCUUAUGGUCCUGUAACGAUUGUUACACCAUUUAAUUUUCCACUUGAGAUUCCACUACUUCAGUUGAUGGGGGCAUUAUACAUGGGUAACAAACCUCUUCUUAAAGUGGACAGCAAGGUAAGCAUUGUUAUGGAGCAAAUGAUGCGAUUGCUCCACUAUUGUGGUUUACCCGCUGAAGAUGUGGACUUUAUAAAUUCUGAUGGGAAGACAAUGAACAAGAUAUUGUUAGAGGCGAACCCACGGAUGACCCUCUUCACGGGUAGUUCUAGAGUAGCUGAAAAGUUGGCACUUGACCUUAAGGGUCGAAUCAGAUUGGAAGAUGCUGGAUUUGAUUGGAAAGUCUUAGGACCAGAUGUUCAGGAGGUUGAUUAUGUUGCAUGGCAAUGUGAUCAAGAUGCAUACGCGUGCAGUGGACAGAAGUGUUCUGCACAGUCUAUGCUUUUUGUUCAUGAGAACUGGUCAAAAACCCCUCUUGUUUCCAAAUUAAAAGAACUAGCGGAAAGACGCAAACUGGAAGACUUAACCAUUGGUCCUGUCCUUACAUUUACAACUGAGGCAAUGUUGGAGCACAUGGAGAAUCUGCUUCAGAUUCCUGGCUCAAAGCUACUCUUUGGUGGCAAGGAAUUGAAGAAUCAUUCGAUUCCUUCAAUCUACGGAGCUUUGGAGCCAACUGCAGUUUAUGUUCCCAUUGAAGAAAUCUUGAAGGAUAAUAAAACCUACGAACUCGUCACCAAAGAAAUCUUUGGACCAUUUCAGAUUGUAACGGAAUACAAAAAGGAUCAACUUCCUCUAGUGUUGGAAGCAUUGGAGAGGAUGCACGCUCAUCUAACUGCAGCUGUUGUUUCAAACGAUCCCAUCUUUCUUCAGGAAGUAAUAGGGAACUCAGUGAAUGGGACUACAUAUGCUGGACUAAGAGGAAGAACAACUGGAGCUCCUCAGAAUCACUGGUUUGGACCUGCGGGGGACCCGAGAGGGGCCGGGAUAGGGACACCAGAGGCUAUAAAGCUGGUUUGGUCAUGCCACAGAGAAGUCAUCUACGAUUAUGGUCCGGUUCCACAAGGUUGGGAACUUCCUCCAUCUACUUAGAAGUGGUGUGUCCACUAAUAAUUAAUAAACUAAGAUCUUAGUGUGCUGUUGCAUCAAAUAAAUAUGAGUUUUGUAGUUUUAUCUCUACGAGUAGUUUCCGUGUGAGGGAAUAAGAGCUUGAAACAUGAAGUUUUCAACGACGUUGACUUAGUCAAGGGGUAGAGGGAUUAAGACAGAGAGAGAACUAUUGUAAAACUCAGUCCACCAGAAAUUUUCUUCAGCUCAAAGCCAGACAAUAAUACAAAUGUUUUUGAAAGAAGAAGAGUGAAAAGAAAAACAAGAUGAUAACUUGUUAAUGUUCUCUUCAUUAAUAAUGUUGCUAAGACCCUAAUCUAAUCGAUCUUAAAUAAUCUAAUGAACAGUUUUUUUUCAUCACUAUCAUGGGAAAACAAUAGAAAGGGACUCUACCAGUCCUGAUCAUUUUGGAGUUGGUAAACAGACAAAUACAACCAUGGUGAUUGUGUCCUUGAAACAAAAACGCCAAAGUGAUCUGCAAUGGAGAUUUAGUGUUGUACUUUAUGUCCACAAGCUUUGAUGAUGUGAACUAGUAACUUGUCUCCGGUUAUGCUUCUGACUCGUUGGAUUAGUUCGCUCCGUGUAAUUCUCCUAUUCUGUUAAAUCCAAAGGAAAGCAACAAUUAGAAUGUGAAAUGAAAUCACCUCAAAAGAUAAUUGAAGAGGAAACAAACAAAAAAAAACACUUACUUGUUGAUCUUUGUAAUGUUUCUGAAUGACAAGUAUUUGAGAAGGAGGUAGAAACUUGGAC